UUUAUAGAGCAGAAAAAAGAAAUACUAAAAUAUGUUGUGUCUCGGAUUAAAGAAGAUAAACAAGAGAAUUUCCUAAAAGAGUUUGAACAAAUACAAACAGAUUUCUCAGAAAAAGCAAAGAGAUUACCUUCCUUAGCAAUGAAAAAGCUAAAGAUAUUAGCUAUAGCAGACCUAAAUCUAGCAUUAACAAGUCAAAAUCAGUAUAUGAAAAUAUGUUAUAAGUCG